GGGCCCAGGAUGGCUCAGAGCUCGCGAGGGAGCUGAGCUGAGCGCGAGGGAGGCAGCGCCAGGACGCCCGCCCGCCGCCCGCCCGCCCGCCCGCCGCACGCCCGCUGCCCGCUGCACGCCCGCCGGCUCGGCUCGGGGCUCUGCGCGCUGCCUCGCACCCUGCCCGCCCGGCGCCGGAGCCAGCCUCGCCCGGAGGGGCCCCGAGCUGCACAAGUCCGCAAUGAAGAGGAGUCUCCAUCUCACAGACUCUCUCUGGGCCUGGACGCUCCUUUUCAGCACAUUGACUGGAAGAAGCUAUGGACAACCUUCACUACAAGAUGAACUCAAGGACAACACAACUGUCUUCACCAGAAUUCUGGACCGGCUUCUAGAUGGUUAUGACAAUCGCUUGAGGCCAGGACUGGGAGAGCGCGUAACUGAAGUGAAGACUGACAUCUUCGUCACCAGUUUUGGACCUGUAUCAGACCAUGAUAUGGAAUAUACAAUAGAUGUAUUUUUUCGUCAAAGCUGGAAGGAUGAAAGGUUAAAAUUUAAAGGACCCAUGACAGUUCUACGGUUAAAUAAUCUAAUGGCAAGUAAAAUCUGGACUCCAGAUACCUUUUUCCACAAUGGAAAGAAGUCAGUGGCACACAACAUGACUAUGCCCAACAAACUCCUUCGGAUAACAGAAGAUGGAACUUUGUUAUACACCAUGAGGCUUACAGUGAGAGCUGAAUGCCCAAUGCAUUUGGAGGACUUUCCUAUGGAUGCUCAUGCUUGUCCACUAAAAUUUGGAAGCUAUGCUUAUACAAGAGCAGAAGUUGUUUAUGAGUGGACCAGAGAACCAGCUCGCUCAGUGGUAGUAGCAGAGGAUGGAUCUCGUCUAAACCAAUAUGAUCUUCUUGGACAAACAGUAGACUCUGGAAUUGUUCAAUCUAGUACAGGAGAGUAUGUUGUUAUGACCACUCAUUUCCACUUGAAGAGGAAGAUUGGCUAUUUUGUUAUUCAAACAUACCUGCCCUGCAUAAUGACAGUUAUUCUCUCACAAGUCUCCUUCUGGCUUAACAGAGAGUCUGUACCAGCACGGACUGUUUUUGGAGUAACAACUGUGCUCACCAUGACAACUUUGAGUAUCAGUGCCAGAAAUUCCCUCCCUAAAGUGGCUUAUGCAACUGCCAUGGACUGGUUUAUUGCAGUAUGCUAUGCCUUUGUGUUCUCAGCUCUGAUUGAGUUUGCCACAGUGAACUACUUCACCAAGAGGGGUUAUGCAUGGGAUGGCAAAAGUGUGGUUCCAGAAAAGCCAAAGAAAGUGAAAGAUCCUCUCAUUAAGAAAAACAACACUUACGCUCCAACAGCAACCAGCUACACCCCUAAUUUGGCAAGGGGCGACCCCGGCUUAGCCACCAUUGCUAAAAGUGCAACCAUAGAACCCAAAGAAGUCAAACCAGAAACAAAACCUCCGGAACCCAAGAAAACCUUUAACAGCGUCAGCAAAAUUGAUCGACUAUCAAGAAUAGCCUUCCCACUGUUAUUUGGAAUAUUUAACUUGGUCUACUGGGCUACCUAUUUAAAUCGAGAGCCUCAGCUCAAAGCCCCCACACCACAUCAAUAGGUCUGUGUAUUCACUUUCUGCUGUUCAGUCCUUCGCACUGGGAAUUACUUUCUGUUCUCAAUGCAGUGAUUCCCUUCUGCUUUAUUGCCUCUGUCUUAAAGAAUUUGAAGGUUUCCUUAUUUCCACAAUUCAUACAAGAACAACAGACCCCUGUCCAGCAGUCCAGAGUAGAACAGUGCUGAGCAGAGAGCUGAAAGACAGAAUUCUGAGAAGCGGGAGCACGAGAGAGCAAAACGAUGGCAGAAGGAGGUAACAAGUGAGAGAGGAAAUGAAGGAGUGUAGGUCCAAAGAAGUGAGGAAAGGAAGAGGAAAAAUAAAAGUAACUCCAGGUCACUUGUAGAUAUAUAUUUCCAGAGAAACUAAAAAUACUGUAUGUGUGAAAAAUAUUUUUAUGUGAAAGUGUUUAAAAGAAUAAAUUAUAAGCGUCUAACAAACAUUUAAAUGUCUUUAUUGCACAAAUUAUAGUGUGCUUACAAUUUUUAUUUUGUUUUAAAAAUUGAUGCAUAGCUUUAACUUUUAAGUUAAAAAGCUGAAAGUCCUCAUUCUUCCUCCUUUGAAAAAUGCCUAAUGCAUUAUUUUUCAUUAAGCAUAAUUAAAAAAUUAAUGGACAUUUCAUAUAAAAGAUUCCAUUCUUCACUGUAGAACACAUUUAAUCAGUUGAGAAAAAAUAAUCUCUAGGUUACUGUCAUCUAAGCUUUAACCAUUGGAGAACAUGAGGAAUUGUUUUAACAGAUAUACAGCAAACAAAAGCUAAGAAACAUAGUUCAAUAAUUUAAAAUAUUCUCUUCUUUACCCUGUCUAUUUGCAGAUAGCACAUGGGUCCACUAAUUCCUUUAUUCUCUUUACAAAGAAGUUUUUUAGAGGGGCAAAAAAUUUUGCAAGUUCUAGAAUUGUUGAAUGUAUUGUUUUAUAUAAAAUACACUAAAAGCUUUAGAUUGAAGUUUAUGACUAGUAAACAAAAAUAGAAUAUAGACAAUAUAUCUGUAAAUAUACAGCAUGAGAUUGUACUUUUUUUACUUUUUUUAAAGUUAUGUUCCUAAAAUAUUGUGGAGGACUCACCACUCUUAGCUGUCAGAAUGUUAAGUGCAAAGGAAAUACAUGUAGAGGCUGCAUUUAAGAACAAAACAGCCCAUAGGAACUGGACGAAACUUAAAUACAUGGAUACAAAGUCCACUCAUAUAGAAAAAGCUUACAAUUUUGAGCUGUAGUCUGGUGUACAAUAGUAAAUCAGUUUUUAUCCGCUCAAGUCAUGCUGCAUCUCCCAAUUUUAAGCUCUAAUAACAUAGAAAGAAAGUGGAAAAGCAUUAGUGGAAGCUAGAAAACCUACUGUAUAUUGUUGCUUUCUUUGCGGAAAUCAACUAUUUCCAUAAGUGUUGUACCAUAUGUAGCAUUAAAUAUGAAAAUACACACAAAUGUACAGAAAAUAGCUCUUAUUAAGUAAUAUUAUUACAUUUCAUUUAUACUGUAGCAAUACAUUUGUAGGUAUACUAUGUAAGGGCUUUAACUAAAAGAGGUUCAUUACUACUUCCUAUGAAAAUUCUAGUUGUUCAUUACUUCCCAGAAAUUUUAAAGGUAAAUAAUUACACAGAAGGUAUUUUUGAAGUUUCCUUCCACCUGACAGAGUUUUAGAGAUAUUUAAAAGUAGUAUCCAGAAUCCACAGGUUAUGGUUUAAACACAUUUAGAAUAAAUACUACAACAUAAGCUUUCAGACAAAUAAGACAGUUGAGAUCCAUAUCUACAUUUUGAAAAAAAAAUUGUUUUUCUCAAAAGGCUACUAUCCAAUGAUACAGAAAAUUAGUUUUUAGUUUUCCAAAAAUUUGGUUUUCUUUUUUAAAUGUGCUUUACUGUUCGAUUUGGUCCUGCUAAAUUUGAUGAGCAAAGUAAACAGGCUGAACCAAGAAGGUUUCACCCUUUGGUAUCAUGUGUAGAUAUACUGUAGAGAAAAGUCAAAUAAAUAUGGCUCUAACUUCUGUGUUGUUGUUUAUCUUGUUCUUUUUUGGCGUUGACUUGAUGUGUUUAUUGAGAGCAUUUUAUCUUCUAAACGCCUCAUGGCUAACUUUUGGUCUGUAUUUGAUCAUUAGAUGUGAGUAUUUCCUAUUAGUCUGCUUUCUGCUAUGCAAUGACUGCAUUUAUACCAUUUUUUGUUAGUAAAUGUGAAUAGCAUUCUAUUGUAUAAAUUGAUUGCACAAUUUAUCACAAAUAAGUCUAUGUAGCUUUUCUACAGUGCUUUGCUAAACCAUGUAGUACUAGUUACGUCUUCCUUAAAAAAUAAAGAUGCACUAUUACAGAGGACAGUUCCUGUUUAAUCCCAGGAAAUUUUUUAAAGAGAUGACAAUGAAUGUUUAUUGCACCUAGUGCAGUGAAGUGGCAAUAAAACCAAACAUGAAUUGAGACUGUUUAUGGCAGGCGCAUGUAUUGCUUCACAGAGUUUAGCAGAAGCUUUUAAUUUUAUGUCACACUGUAUUCUAUUAUAAUAAUAAAGCUAAUAUUAUUCAAUAAUA